AUGAAGUCGUUUUUCGGAAGACUUAACAAAACACUCAAGCAUGACUUCGAAAAGGCAUUUCAAUCUGAGUCAAGCACAGAGGUCUUCGAUCUCCUGCGUGAGUACAUGAAGUUCAUAGAAGAUGACAACGAUUCAUACAAGUGCCUGUUUGUCAUUGGAGAAAAUCCCCUGGACAGGCUCAGAGAUGCACAAAAGUCCAUGGACAGCUUCAACUCCGAAUGCCUUUCGUUCCUGAUAAGAGCAGUAAACGACAGCGAUAGCCAGCAUCCAUACAGCUCCACACUCUCAGAGGCACAAACAUUCAUAGGCCUGGGAUACGAGUUCGGAUUGUUUGGGCUCUGCAAAAACGGUCCUAAAGCAGUGGGAUACUAUUCGUCUGCUGCUAGGCAGAACCAUCCGAUCGGAACAUUCAGGAUGGGCCAGUGUCUUGAAAAGGGCAUAGGAAAGCCAAAAAACCGGAAACAUGCACUUGAUUUCUAUAGAUGCUCUGCAAAGCUUGGGUACAUUGCUGGGAUGCACACAUACGGAUCUGUUCUUAUCCAUGGCGAUAUGGGCAGUAAGAAAGAUAUCCAGAGCGGGCUGUUCUACUUGAAGCUUGCAGUCAGGAAGGCAAAUCACGAAUAUCCAUAUCCAUACUAUGACCUAGCGCAGAUAUACGAAUCAGACAUGACAUUUGGCGAGAUCCAGCCUGAUGAGGAGUAUGCAUUCCGGUUGUAUCUCAAGGGCGCAGAGUUUUCCUGCCCAAACUGCCAGUAUAGAGUGGCAAAAUGCUACGAAGCAGGUGAGCUGAUGCAGGAGCAGAGCCUUGCCCUUGCAUUUUCCUGGUAUAAGAAGGCAUCCGAGCUGGGCCAAAUAGAUGCACAGAUGUCAUAUUCAAGAAUCCUGUUCACAGGGAUUGAUGGCGUAGUCCAGUCAGACCUGAAUGAAUCGCUCUUCUGGGCACUGAAGGCCGCCAUCAAAGGCCAUCCUCAGGCAGCAUACUCGGUUGCAGAGUUCGCAGAAAACGACGGCACGGGCAACAUUCUCCUCGCAAUAUGGUGGUACACAAUCUCAUACGAGUUUGGAAACACACAGGCAAAUCCAAAAAUCAGCAUGCUUCGGCAACAAAUAGACAUCCAGAACAAAGGAUCAAAAGAGCCAAGGUGCUGUGGAUGUCUCUGUUGGCCAUAA